ACCUGGUUACCUCGUGGCUGUGCACGAUCCGGAUAUCAGAGCGUGGAAGCCUUUUUCAGCGCUUGGGAUGCGUGAGCGGCUGCAACUGUUGCGAGACAUUCUCACAGGCGGUGUGAUACUGACUCCUAAGCGAAGUGGAGCUGCUGAACGUGCCGGGAAACAUUCAACGGAAACAUAUGUGGAACUGGUGAAGAUUGAAAGAGUAAUGUUGAGGAUGUUUCACUACUUCGUCUUCGUUUCUGACCCUCACAGGAAGUCGUCAGAGUGGACGAAACCAUUCUUCAACAACCUUUCUGAUUUGUUUGAUAAGUACUCUAAUGAAGGAUUGACGUCCGAGAGGUGGAUCGACCAGCGUCGCCAUUUCAAAGACAUGAGUUGGGUGCGAACGUUCCCGGCUACACUUGGAGGAGAGGAGGAAAAAGGAGAAGAGGGCUUCAAGAAAACAGCGUCACUUGCUGCGAAGUGCCCAGAAGAGUUCGUGCAGUUUGUCAACAAGCUGCUGUGCAGAUCAGAAACCAGGGGUUCGGAAAGCAUAAGAAUGUCCGGCUCGACGCAAUAUAUACAUUUCAAAAGACAGAACGUGAACUUUGUUUUCGUCCCAUUCCAACGGGAACCAAGCGAUAUUUCAGACGAGAUGGAUUCCAAGGAAAUAUACAGAGUCGUCAAACAUCUGAGUUGCCACACGGCCGUGCUGGAUUUGUGUCACCCAACCCAGAUAGGGGUGUGGACUGAAGAAGUCUUUGAUGGUCUGCGGAAAUUCAUGGGAAAACUGGCUUGUGAUUAUUGGACAUUAUUGUGCGUCGUUCCGAGGUCUUGCGAGUAUACAUUUUUCAAGCGAGUUACAAGUUGGGAGGUUGACAUUCACUUGUUUAUUCUAAAGUGGACUCGUCAGCAACAAACGAAGGCGAAGCAUUUAUAUAAGGUUGCGAAGUUGCCUUUGGAGGACACAGACAGAAUGGUUGUCAUCAUGUACUCCAACGAUGGGGAUUAUCACCGCAACACUAUUCCCUUGCUUGAAGACAUUCCAACAAGCACUCCGGUUGCGGAUCGAUCAUCUGGCGAGCAGGCUGGUGACUUAUCAGCACUUGUGCGCAGAGAGAGAAGGCCAAAGAUGUUGGUUGAUGUCGUGGAGAAGAAUUUCACGCCCACGAAGUUGAAAAUGGCAGGUAUGGAGCCAAAAGAGAAACCGGUGUAUGAAGGUAUGGAAAGGGAGCCAAAUGCGAUGGUGGAGACAUUGGAGCAUUUUUGUCUUGCGGAUGAGGCGGUUGUUUUCCUGGGAAAAGGCCAUGCGGCGUUGAUUUGGGAGUUGUUAAAGAGUCACCGUCAUUGCAUUGUUCUGGAAGGGGAGGGUAUGAAGUUCGAGUUUCUCGUUCAAUUCGUCACCAAGAUGGUCAAGAGUGGACUUUACUUCGCCAACUUUGUUAAGCCGCCUCCUCGACAUGAUGAAAAGCGUGAUCUCGUCUACAAAGUCGGCCAAAACAUCGUCAACAUUUGGGAGUUCCUUUUCGAGACUAAGCCACAAAACAGAGGGGAACGUGCAUAUGUCGUCAGAAGACGAAAAAUAGACUCACUUCUGAGGGGGUAUCAUAAGGCACCGACGGAGACGGAAGUUGCAUUUCUAGAUCGUUUGGAGAUGAUGUACUUCGACGAACAAAUCGGGGCGUUUACAAUCGCAGCUUAUGCAACUUGUUUUGGGGAAGGCUUCGAUGCUGAGGACUCAGAGGAAGAAAGUGAAGAUGGUACUUUGCAAGCGGCUUUGGCAGAUGAGAGACAAAAAGUUUGUAGCUCGGCUUCGCAGAAGAUGGGUGCGCCGGGCACAUCGUUUGUCACACACGCUAAAAAUGAGAUUGACAAGCGACUACUGCGACUUAAUCCGAAGGUUUCUCAAUCAAGAUUGGAUGCAAGGACAGACGAAAUCUUUCAAGAGUUCAAAACAUCUCGAUGGCUUGAGUAUCUGGAAGAGUUUUAUCAUCGAGAAACAAGUCCAGCUUUUGGAUAUAAUUGGCGUAUCGAAGAGGAACUUGAAGACAAAGUUGGGGAAAGGAAAGGAGCAAGCGGCGAUGAGAGUGGCAAGGGAUCAGGAUCAGGCGGCGGUGCGCUUGGCAAGGGAACAAGAUCAAGUGGUAGAACAAUAUCAAGUGGUGGUGAACAUGGCAAGGGAUCGGAACCACGGGGCAGUGUCAGUGGCAAGGGCCUGGGACCGAGCGUCGGUGCAAGUGGAAAGCCAAUAAGUCACGGUGAACUGCAAAAACACGAAAUGUGUCAAGGGCGUCAAGCAACAGAGGGAAAGGUAUCAGGACCAAGCGGCGGUGCACAUGACAAGGGAUCAGGUUCGCCUCUGGGAUUAGGACCAAGCAGCGGUGCACAUUGCAGGGGAUCGGGUUCGCCUUUGGGAUUAGGACCAAGCGGCGGUGCAUAUGGCAGGGGAUCGAGAGGCGAUGCAAGUGGCCAAGAUUUGGAAGGAAGCGGCGGUGCAAGCGUCAAGGGCGUAAGUCAUGGAGAACUGCCGAAAUGUGUCGAGGACGUCCUUCCGGAUGACAAAGUUUGGGCGACCACUGUGUUGGCGAGCGAGAGUGUUACUGCGCAAGUGGAUAAUACUGGUGCACUUGCAGAAUUAGAGAUGUCAUUGGAUAUGCCAGCUGAGAAAGAUGAGCAUGAAGUCUCUCUGGACAUGAAGAACGAAAGCGCUACUGCAGGUGCAAACGAAACUGACAAUGUACAGGCCAUCGAAGAGGAUGAAGGGCAUAUAUUCAUGACCCUUCGUUCCAGAUUCCUUUAGCAACAAAACGUCUCACCGUAG